AUGCCGGCAUUACGUGUCAAGAGAAAUGACUUCCUCUCUCCGAGAUCAAAGUUCGGUAUGUCGGAUUUCGUCCACUUCCCCCAAGGCGACAUGAAGCCAUGCUUCACUUUCUUUCAAUUCAGUCCCGAGAUUCUUUCAUCGACCGAUUGCACUCAACUCCUUUCUCCCGUGUCAUGA